AUGGAUCUCAGCAUUGGCAUCAUGGAAGAGCAGGAUACAGUAACCAUGAUGUCCAUUCUCAUCAUCGGGGUAUUUCUGUCAUUGCUGAUCUUCCUCUCGGUGGCCGGCAAUAUUCUAGUCUGCGUUGCCAUCUAUACCGACAGAGGACUGCGUCGAAUAGGAAACCUCUUUUUGGCAUCACUGGCCAUCGCUGACCUCUUCGUGGCCUCUCUGGUGAUGACGUUCGCUGGAGUCAACGACAUUCUUGGUUAUUGGAUAUUUGGAGCCCAAUUUUGUGACACUUGGGUGGCCUUUGACGUGAUGUGCUCGACUGCCAGUAUACUGAAUCUCUGUGCCAUUUCGCUUGAUAGGUACAUUCACAUCAAAGAUCCAUUAAGAUACGGCCGUUGGGUGACGCGACGAGUGGCCCUCGGCACGAUAGGCACCAUCUGGCUGUUGGCCGCCCUGAUUUCCUUCGUGCCCAUCUCCAUGGGGCUGCACAGGCCGCCCCAGCCGCUGGUCUACAACGCGGGCGGCCAAAACUACCCCACCUGCGCCCUGGAUCUCACCCCCACCUAUGCGGUCGUCUCCAGCUGCAUCUCCUUCUACGUGCCCUGCAUCGUCAUGAUAGGAAUUUACUGCAGACUAUACUGUUACGCUCAGAAGCACGUGAAAAAUAUCAGAGCGAUAACGAGACCGAUCGAUAUGCCAGAAGCUGCCACCGAUCAUGUGACGAAAAGGUUCAGAAAGAGCACAAAGCACAAGAACAAAGCCCUCCACAUUCAUCUGCAUAACAAUCACAGUAGCCCGUAUCACGUGAGCGAUCACAAGGCAGCGGUCACAGUAGGUAUUAUUAUGGGUGUAUUCCUGAUAUGCUGGGUGCCAUUCUUCUGCAUCAACAUCGUCGCGGCAUUCUGCAAGACAUGCAUCCCCGACAUCACCUUCAAGAUCCUCACGUGGCUCGGUUACUCCAACUCCGCCUUCAAUCCCAUUAUCUACUCCAUAUUCAACACGGAGUUUCGGGAAGCAUUCAAAAGAAUUCUAACGGCGCACUACCCGGCUUGUUGCGCAUGCGGUUACGAGUCCGUGUCCUUGAACAACGACAAAUUCGUCACCGAUUACGGCACCAAAACCUUGGUGGUCAAUGCCAGAAGAAACGGCUCUUUUGGCGAAUUUUCCAGCGAACACUUGAGCUGCGAGUCUGUGAGGCAAACAAGGGUCAACUCAGAGAGGGACGUUCUAGAAGACAUUAGUGCCAUUUGA